AUGUAUCUGCAUCAUUGGACUAAGAACAAUCAAUUUCAAGUAUAUUUAACUAGUUUUGUGUGGAUUUUUCUACUAUCUAACACUCCUGUCAAUAGCUUUUUAGAGAGAUUGCAAACAGCACCUCAGGGUACAUUAGACGUAUUAACUGCAGUAAGAAUCAGUGAACAAGCAUAUGUACAAACUUCACCUGGUCGAUGUCGUCAAGAUUCGAAUGAUUUGGCAACAUCAUCGAAUGUUGCAGAAAGAAAUGUAGCUUAUUCUGUUCCUCGUGGAUUAAGUCUUUACAUAGAAGGUCGAUCUUUAAUCCCUGAUCCAUUUCCUCCAGAUCUGUCUAUUUUAUUUACUAUUCGAUUGGAAUCCAAUUUGGAAAAAGAGUUUUUCACUCUUUAUGAUCGACAUGGACAAAUGAUUUUACGCAUAAUAAUUGGCUCACAUUUGCAAUUAGAAUAUUUAUCAAAAGAAUCACAGUCUAGUCAGCUUUCUGAUGUGCAUCCACGAGAUUUAAAAGCACAUUCAGGAAAAACAUUAGAGAAAGCUAUUUUUAAAACUCGUCUAAAUGAUGGCCUAUGGCAUCGUGUAGCCGUCAGUAUUGGUACUACUACCGUAAGAUUACUAGUUGAUUGUAAACAAAGGGAGUCCAUAAAUUAUAAUCGUUCAUCAACAAGCAUUGAUAACAGAGGUCGAAUACAAGUAUUGAAAGACGGCAUUCAUGGUUUUAUUGAAGAUUUUUAUCUUCUACCUGGUGAAGAAGGUGCUGUUAAACAAUGUGAUGUUUAUUCACCUAAUUGUUUUGAUGAUCAAAUGAUGGGGGAUGAAGGAGAUAAAGAUACUGAUCCAAUGCAGGGUCCAACAGGUUCUAUGGGAGAUAGUGGUCCACCAGGUGACAAAGGUGAACCAGGUUUGAAUGGGUCAUCCGUACCUGCUGGUGAACCCGGUCCACCUGGUCCCAUGGGUUCCCUAUUCAUCAUUCCUCUCAAUUUAGGCGUCGGUAGUAGUAGUUUUGCACGGGCAGCUACAUUUCGAGACCUGCUUCAAAAACAUCUGCUCUCCUUAAAAGGUGUACGUGGAGCUAGAGGAAUGACUGGUGUGACUGGUCCAGAAGGAGGUCCCGGUGAACCCGGUGUUAAAGGAGAAGUUGGGCACCCAGGUGAUACGGGAUACCAAGGGCCUCGCGGGCCAAUGGGCCCACCUGGACGUCAAGGUUCAAGUGGACCACCGGGAUUAGAUGGUAGUCGUGGAGAACCUGGUCCAUCAGGAAUGAAAGGAGAAGAUGGACGCCCUGGUGAUUCCGGACUUAUAGGCCUUAAAGGAGAUAAAGGUGAAUUAGGGCCUCCUGGUCCCAAAGGUGAUCAAGGUCUCCCGGGUGAAGAGGGACCACGUGGACCUCACGGAGAUAUCGGGGAUCAAGGAGAUCCAGGUCUGCCUGGAGUACGUGGUCCUGUGGGUCAGCCGGGUCCGCAGGGUCCGAGAGGAAAACCUGGAAAUCAGGGACCACGAGGACGUAAAGGUGAACUUGGGGAACCUGGUCUACCAGGUUUACCAGGGCCAGCAGGUCCUGUAGGAACAUCUGGGCCGGAAGGUAUGGCUGGUCCUCGUGGUCCAACAGGUAUAGCUGGUCAGAGGGGACGCUCUGGUCCCUCAGGAGUUCCAGGUACUGAUGGUCUCCCAGGAUUUCCAGGUCCCAAGGGAGAUGUAGGACCUAAAGGAGAUACAGGUCCGAAUGGAUCAAAAGGUGAUACAGGUAUUCAAGGACCUAGAGGUUAUAAAGGUGAACGGGGUCGGUCCGGUCCCGAAGGUGCAAAAGGUGAGAGUGGCAAACCAGGGCCUGUAGGAGUGCCUGGAGAUCCAGGUCCAAAAGGAGUGAAGGGAGACGUUGGAAUAUCUGGCCCUGUAGGAUCGCCAGGAGUUACAGGUAUGAAAGGUGACCCAGGUCCACCUGGUCCAGUUGGACAAAGAGGAGACCCCGGGACCAAAGGUUUACCGGGCGCUAUCGGCAUCCCAGGUCCACCCGGUCCAGACGGGGAAAGAGGUCCACCAGGUUUAACUGGAAGACGAGGUCGAGGCGGUGACAAAGGAGACAUUGGACCUCCAGGUUCACCAGGUGAAACGGGGCAGCAAGGGCAAAGAGGGGCUCCUGGGCCAAGAGGUCCACCAGGAAGAUUUGGCCCGCCGGGAAUGAAAGGGGAUGCUGGUCCGGUUGGCCCAGUUGGAUCCGUCGGACCGAUUGGUGAACAAGGUCUUCAAGGUCCCGUCGGACCUCCUGGACCAAUAGGACCACCAGGUUCAACUGGAAGAGAAGGACCUGUUGGAUUUCCUGGACCACGUGGAGAACCAGGUGAACGUGGACCAGCAGGGCAACCUGGCGAUCCAGGACCUGAAGGACAACAAGGUCCAGUCGGACCAACAGGUCCAACUGGAGAUCCUGGAAAGGAUGGUAUGCCAGGGCGUGAUGGUCAGCCUGGUUCUAAAGGUGUGAGAGGUUCACCAGGAGUACUUGGCAAUCAAGGUGUUCGAGGAUUCCCGGGAUUUGAUGGCAUGCCAGGUCGACCUGGACCAGCUGGUGUGAAAGGUGAAAUAGGACCUGAUGGUGAAGUAGGACCUAUUGGAGAUAAAGGCUACCAAGGUGAUGUUGGUAUUAUCGGACCAAUCGGACCAACAGGUCCGAUGGGAGCAAGAGGCCCACCCGGUCCAGCUGGAGUCAAAGGUUUGACCGGUGAAGAUGGUCCUUUGGGACUAAUAGGAUCUCCUGGACCAAGGGGACCACCUGGUCGAUUAGGUCCUAUUGGACCGUUAGGGCCUCCUGGUUUUGAUGGGGAAAAGGGCGAUAAGGGUGCAUCAGGGCCACCAGGACCAAAAGGCGAUAAAGGAGGAGUGGGUAUACGUGGACCUUUUGGACCAGUUGGGAGCCCUGGGUUACCUGGAAUACAAGGACCACCAGGACUCCCUGGACAAGCAGGAUCUCGAGGACUGCCAGGUGCACCAGGUGCAUCUGGAAUGGUAGGUGUGACAGGUCUACCAGGAAUAGCCGGAGAAAAAGGAGACCAGGGAUCACAGGGUCCUAUAGGUCGACGCGGUUUACCCGGGACAGUUGGAGUCCCUGGCCCAGCUGGCCAACCUGGAAAUGUUGGAGCACCUGGUCCUGUUGGGCAACAAGGAGAAAGAGGGACUCAAGGAGAAGAUGGGCCACCAGGACCUCGAGGUGUUGAAGGAAGUCCUGGAGUACAGGGACCACUAGGACCAAAAGGUCAAGAGGGUCCCCGUGGGCCACAAGGAGUACCUGGUGAUAUAGGGAUCCCAGGACCUGAUGGACCGAAAGGAGAGUUGGGUCCUUUAGGAAUACCUGGACCUCAAGGACCAACAGGACCUCCCGGACCAAAAGGUGUUCAAGGACCAGUUGGAGAAGAUGGAUCUCCUGGACCACAAGGUCCUCUUGGAAAACAAGGUUUAAGAGGUCUACCUGGACCUCUAGGACCACCCGGACCUCCUGGUAUGACGGGUCCUCAGGGACGUACUGGACCUCAGGGUCCUAAAGGUGUAAAAGGUGAAACGGGUGAACAGGGAGUACCUGGUGAACCAGGACGUGUUGGGCCAGUAGGAUCCCCUGGACCUCCAGGAUCUUUGGGCAGUCCUGGCCAACAAGGCGUACCAGGGGUAAUGGGUAAACAAGGCAAGACAGGAGAACGAGGAUCAGAAGGACUGCAAGGCAAGCAAGGUGACCCUGGUAUACAAGGUGACCGUGGUCCGAAAGGUAGCAAAGGAACUUAUGGUCCAGUCGGUCCUUUGGGGCCUCCGGGACCAAAGGGUGAACAAGGUGUUCCUGGACUUGAGGGCGUUCGAGGAGUGGUUGGUCUCAAAGGAGAAAGGGGUCCUGUCGGACCUGCCGGAGAUCCAGGACAACCAGGUCCAUCCGGACCAGUUGGUCCUGAAGGUCCAGCUGGACAUCCUGGUCCUCCAGGGUUACCUGGUGUUCCAGGUCAAAAGGGUUCAUCUGGUCCAGCAGGACCACCGGGACCUCCGGGUCCAAUCAAGGUCUUAGAUAUGAGUGAAGGUUAUUAUAGGUUUGAGGAUACACCCAGAGUUAGACGUAGUAUUUCAGAUGCUUUGUACAAUAAUCAAUAUUAUUCGAAACAGGAUCCGGAUGAAAGUAUUACACCGAAUACAAUACCAUCAGUUGGUGCAGUACUACGUCGUAUAUAUGCAAGAAUUGAAAGCUUAGAAGCAUCUAUGAAUAAUUUUGAACGUCCUAUGGGUACACAACAAAAUCCAGCUAGACAUUGUCGUGAUAUAUAUGAAGCUGCUGAUUUUCCAGAAACUUCUAAAUCUGGUACUUACUGGAUUGAUCCAAACCUUGGUUCACCAACUGAUGCAUUCACAGUUGAAUGUAGAUUUCAGAAUAAGGGAAAUGUUGCUGAAACAUGCAUUAAACCAAGUGAAGAUACAAAAACACAACCUCUUACUAAUUUUGUUAAAACAAAUAAUUCAGAAGACUGGUGGAUUUCACAUUUAAAACAACAGAAACAAAAUGGAACAAUGCAUAAAACUCAAUUAUAUUAUGCACCAAUAAAUCAAAUUCGUUAUCUACAACUAUUACAUUCAAAAGCUGAACAAGUGAUCACUUUUACAUGUCGUAAUACACCAGUAUAUUUUGAUGUGAAAAAUCAAAAUUAUAGGAAUGCAGUAAUCGUUAAAUUAUUUGAUGAAAAUGUGAUUGAUACUUAUGAAGAUAGACGUACACGUACUAUUGGUGGUGGUAUUAUGUUAGAUAUCAAGGUUAAAGAUGAAUGCAUGGAACGAAGUAAACAAAAAGCCAGUAGUGUAUUUGAAUUUGUCACCCGUAAACCAAACUUACUUCCAUUAGUUGAUAUUCAAUUAAAAGAGUUUGGAGAAAGUGAUCAAGAAAUUGGAUAUUAUAUGGAUGCUGUUUGUUUCAGUUAA